UCAGAGCUUUCACAAUGCGACGAAGUCUCCUCCCUUCCUUGCCUCAAGCACAUCCCAGUGUUUUGGUCAUGAUUUGGUGUUUUUGCUCAGCCUUGUCGCAAACCGGGGGUUUCUGUUACGCGCAAAGCUGGGACUUUUUAAUCAGGGACGUUCCGGUGCUUUUCUUCAUUUAGACCGUGUCAGUGAAAAAUGUUUCCACAGCUUCAGAGGCUUUCCCCGUCAUGACUUCACCGGGCGGUCCCUCCAGUUGAAUGGGAUCCCUCCUCAUCGCCUCUGUGUCGCUCGCUUUGGCACCGACUCUCUCUUCAGCUGCCCAUCUUCUCCAAAGCCCCAGUUUUAGGAAUCGAGAAGCUUUUUAGUGUCUCUGAUCAGUUCAUUAAUGCUUUGAUGCCAAAUCAUCCGGUCUGAUCGACAGAAGGGCGACGCCGUUAAAUCUCCGAUAGCCUGCGCUUCACGAUCCUAUACAUGCACUGCUGCUACUGAACCCUGAAAGCAUAAUUACCAACCUGCGCAGCACGGUGGCCCCCAACGCAGUCUGAGGGCCAGAGGACGAUCACCUGCACUGCCUUGGCUAUGGGAGGAUCCAAGAGCAAGUCCAAGGAUGUAGGCCAGCGAACACGCAGCCUCGAUGGCAACCUCAGCUCGGGUGGAGGGGCUGGCGGCCACCACCUCAACUCCACUCAACAGUCCUUAACACCAAACCGCAGCCCUACUAUGGAUGCAGGUCUCAGUGGGAAUCAGUCAAUGGCUAAUACUGCAGAGCUAACGCUCUUUGGAGGAGUGGACAAUAACAGUGUCACCUCUUCAAACUGCAUAACGCGAGCAGGAGGGGUGACGACCUUUGUGGCAUUAUACGAUUAUGAAUCUCGAACAGCCACAGAUCUGUCUUUUAGGAAGGGUGAACGGCUCCAGAUAGUAAACAAUACGAGGAAGGUGAACUGCAGGGAAGGGGACUGGUGGCUGGCGCGCUCCCUGACCACUGGAGAGAGCGGUUAUAUCCCCAGCAAUUAUGUGGCUCCAUCUGACUCCAUCCAAGCAGAAGAUCAUCUCAAACUGGCUCUAGAGUCCAGGUGGUACUUUGGCAAAAUCACACGCCGCGAUUCUGAGAGGCUGCUGCUGAGUUUAGAGAACAGGAGAGGGACUUUCCUGGUGCGAGAGAGUGAAACCACCAAGGGUGCCUACUGUCUGUCUGUAUUGGAUUAUGACAACACAAAAGGGUUAAAUGUGAAGCACUACAAGAUCAGGAAGCUGGACAGUGGAGGCUUCUACAUCACAUCACGCACCCAGUUCAACUCCCUACAGCAGCUUGUCAAUCAUUACCGCAAGCAUGCUGAUGGAUUGUGUCACAGCCUAACAGACAUAUGUCCUGUACUGAAGCCUCAGACUCAGGGCUUAGCAAAGGACGCCUGGGAGAUCCCGAGAGAGUCUCUCCGUCUUGACAUAAAGCUUGGACAGGGCUGCUUCGGAGAAGUCUGGAUGGGAACAUGGAACGGUACAACGCAGGUGGCUAUCAAGACCCUGAAGCCCGGCACCAUGUCCCCGGAGGCCUUCCUGCAGGAGGCUCAGGUCAUGAAGAAACUGAGACACGAAAAGCUGGUUCAGCUUUACGCUGUGGUGUCUGAGGAGCCGAUUUACAUCGUCACAGAGUACAUGGGCCAAGGUAGCCUACUGGACUCUCUGAAAGGGGAGAUGGGUAAGAUGCUUCGCCUUCCCCAGCUGGUGGACAUGGCUGCACAGAUUGCUUCAGGGAUGGCUUAUGUCGAGAGGAUGAACUAUGUGCACCGUGAUCUAAGAGCUGCUAACAUCCUGGUGGGAGAUAACCUGGUUUGCAAAGUGGCUGACUUUGGUUUGGCUCGCCUCAUAGAGGAUAACGAAUAUACUGCCAGGCAAGGUGCCAAGUUUCCCAUCAAGUGGACGGCUCCUGAGGCUGCGCUGUAUGGCCGCUUUACCAUUAAAUCAGAUGUAUGGUCAUUUGGGAUCCUACUGACUGAACUGGCUACUAAAGGCCGAGUCCCAUACCCAGGUAUGGUGAACCGGGAGGUGUUAGACCAGGUGGAGCGUGGUUAUAGGAUGCCGUGUCCAACAGAGUGCCCAGAAUCCCUUCAUGAGCUGAUGCUGAGCUGCUGGAGGAAGGAACCUGAGGAGAGGCCAACUUUCGAGUACCUGCAGGGCUUCCUGGAGGAUUACUUUACCUCCACAGAGCCUCAGUACCAGCCAGGAGAGAACCUGUAACCAAGCUGGCAACAUAUCUGUGCACACAGUGUGGAUGUGCAUAACUGAGCAUGUGCAUCGUCUUUAAAGUGCAUGGAUAAUUGUGUGUGGGCGGUGGGGGUUUUUGGGGGGGUUUUUUGUCUGAUGGGGCAAAGAAUUGACACAUAUUUGGGUACAAUCAUUGAUUCUGAGUGACAUCAAACCAAUCAGCAAAAUCCAGUCUUUCCAAAGUCUCUCCAACAUGUCCAGUUUGAGAGACUGUUUUCAAUGUAUGGUAUUAUUUUUCAACAACCCAAACAGGCAAAGAGGUGUGUCUGCCUUUUAUGUGUUUGUAAGGUGUCCUAAUAAGCCUUCCUUGUGGGUUCUUCCUAUGUUAUUUCUCCUGACUGAUCUCAUAAUUAUCACCAUCAAUAACACAACAUGACCUACAAGACAGCAUAUCAGUCACACAUGGGUGGGUGUCCACAGAAUUAAGUUUAUUGGUUACAACAGGAUGUCUUUUUUUGCCACAUUUUCUUUGGGAUCCCCUUCGAAACACACGCUCAGACGCCGUCUUCCAUUUUUCUGCUCAAGAAGCACCUAUGUGGUACCAACAUCAAAUUUUAAGAUAUUAUCGAUCUUUUCAAAGAAAUUUUUGCUACUAUACCUGGAUCAACUGGAAAUUUUCCACGAUAAUACUUCAGUUUUUAGCACCACACUUCCCCUGUGCAACAUUGAGGCUUGUUUCUGGAUUGCUGUAAGAUUUUGUGAUGUGAAAGUGAUGUGAAAGUCUCUUUCACCAGCUGGACUAAUUGAGUUAUUGCUGUGACCAACAUACAGCUCAACGCAAAGAAGAAAAGAGGCCGUCUCUGUCUCUAUUUGCUAAUUGUGACUUUUCUUAAUCUAUAAAGAUAAAUGGCUACUGAUCACUAAAGAUCAUCUCAGGAUGGAGAAAACAAGAAUUCUUCUGUGAGGAUUUUUGUGCCAAUGAAAAAUGUCUUUUUUACUCUCUUCUACUGUGUAAAAGUGUAUUUUAAUACUCUGGACUUUUCUUAUAAUGAAGCUUGUGUUAUCUAAACAGAGGUUAUGCUGUUCUGUUCUUCUAAAGGAUAAUCCACUGUUUGUGAGAUCCCGCAUCUGUGUACACUUUUGGAUCACCAGCAUGCAUUUUAAUCUAGAUUUACUUUCAAGCAUUCGCGUUAAAAUCAGGUGAAUGUCCCCGCUCAGUUCUCAACUUCAUGGAUAUGAAGACUAUUUUUAACCAGCAGUAGUAUUUCACUAAUGAGUGCAAGUUUUAGGACAAUGUUACACUGGAGAUAUUGUCAUUGUGUUCUUAUUGAAUAUGAUAAAUGAGCAGCAGUAUGGUUAUGCCUCCCUGAUGCCUGUAGGAGGCAGACUACAAAGCUUUCCCGUGAACACGGUGGCAGGUAUAGCAAAAAGAAUUGGCUUCUUGAAACCUAAUUGUAAAUAUUCUUAAUGAUAAUAUUUGUAUAUAUCUUUAUAAUUUAUUACUUUAAAGAAUAACCCAAUUGUUAAUUUUUCUUUCUGGUACUUUUCUGGGUUACAUAACAUCUUACAGUAUAAGAUUAAUCAUUGUUGCAACACUUCUGAGCACAGGUAUGUUUCUUUGUGCACGUAUUUCUGUGAAACCUUUCUCAGUUGAACAUUAACGUGCCAGUUGUUUCUCGCCACAUACUGAUAAUCUACCAGCAUCAAUGCUUCCCAUAAUACAAUCAAUACCACAAUGUUUACAUCGUGAUGACCUUUAGAUCAUUUUGAUGCUGCUAUAGAGGCUGAGAAAUUAGCAGGUAAUCACGUGUCAUUCUUGUCAGACAUAUUGCUUUUAUGGAUCUGUUCGACAGUGUUGUGCUGCCACCUUCUGUUGUUCCUUGAGUGGGCUCUCCAGCCGGGAAUUCCCAAAGCACUACUGGUUAAGACUGAGUAACUCCACACAAAAAGAUGAUGCAGCUGCCAUGAAUAGGAGCUUGAUAUCUGUGUUACAUCUGCUGUGUUGCACGGAUAAAGAAUGCAAUGGCCUGCAGGUAUAGUUGGGUUGUUUGCAUUAUUCCCUUUUCCUGCUGUCUCAUUGAAUGUUUGAGCAAAAAUAUGGAUAAAGUGCAUGAAAAAGAUCAUAUAGUCAGUAUGCAGCCUUGCUAAUAAGCCAAGGACAUUUCCUGUGGGGUUCUGUGGGUCUCCUUUCUGGCUAUGCAGAUAUUUUUUAAAUCAGUGAUAUUCCUAUAUAUAUACUCUUUUUCUACUGUAUCCAAUGGGAAUUUUCACAUAAAUAACUCUUUGUUAAAUCCUACUGAUUACUGUUCAAAUUUGAAUAAAAUUUGUAUACUGCC